UAAAUCGACGACAGCUCAACCAAAGCCCGCACCCCGAACGUCCAGCUUCCGAUCCCAAGACACCUGCGCGAUUGACCCCCAAGAUCUGAAAGAUCCGUGGUGCUUGCUGCAAACCAAUGCGUCCACGGAUGCGCCUUUCCAUACCCCCAUCGCCAGGAUGAUGUCCUCCGCCAACGAGGAGGAUCCCUUCCUCCAGGUCCAACAAGAUGUCCUCGCCCAGCUGGACUCGACCCGGCCCCUCUUCACCUCGUACCUCCGCAUCCGCUCCCUCUCUACGUCCCCGACCUCUCCCGAGCUCGCCUCCGCCCGCUCCGACCUCGCAUCCGCACUCGAGUCGCUAGCCGAGGACCUCGCCGACCUCGUCGAGUCCGUCAAGGCCGUCGAGUCAGACCCCUCCGCCUUCGGCCUCUCCCCUUCGGAAAUCACCAGACGCAAACGCCUCGUCCAGGAUGUCGGCGGCGAGGUUGAAGACAUGCGCGAGGAGCUCGCCAAGAAGCUGGGCGACGCCUCCUCAUCUUCCAAGGGGAAAUCCGGCGCCGACUCGGACCUCCCCGACCCGAGCUCCUUCGCCAUCGCUGAUGGCGACGACCGCGACCGCGGCGGCGAGGAUUACGCGGCCGAGUUCGAGCAGCAGCAGCAGCUCGAGAUGAUGCGCGAGCAGGACACCCACCUCGACGGCGUGUUCCAGACGGUCGGCAACCUGCGCCGCCAGGCCGACGACAUGGGCCGCGAGCUCGAGGAGCAGCGCGAGAUGCUUGAGGUCGUCGACAGCGUCGCGGACCGCGUCGGCGGCCGCCUACAGACGGGCGUCCAGAAGCUGCAGUACGUCAUGCGUCGCAAUGAGGACCGCCUGAGUAGCUGCUGCAUCGCCGUGCUCAUUUUUGUGCUGAUUGUGUUACUGGUGUUGUUAUUGAUCUUGUGAGACUGGAUCUGGAGCAAUAUGCUGCGAGACACACGCGGAAGAAUGUGAGAGAAAGGGGGGUUCAGAAGUAGAAAAAAGGAGGGGAGCUACGAUAACCCGAGCCUGUCGGGAAGGGAUAUGGAGUUUCAAGGAGCGUCUGCUAUUUUGGACAAAAUGUGUUUACUGCUGGGAGGUCUUCAUGUAAGGUAUGGUAGAUCGUCCAUCCAACAAAAGAUACACACAAUUCUAAAAUGCUCUGGGGGAAAUAUCAUUUCCUGCUCCAGAAGUCCCCUUCGCCCAUGCGUGGUCUGAAUCAAACUCGUGGCCUCUCAUCUAUGGGAGAGUUCGCUCCUCGCCCGUCUUUUGUGUACGUGCGCCCAUCCAUGCUGCUCGGAUCUCCAGAAACGCCCGAUUUUGUGUGCCCACCAUUUCCGAUAUAAAAAAGCCGGUCCUCCCCUUUUCUGUUUCUGCAUAAAUGUGUUCCCCAUCCCUGCCUGAAUUCGCCGC